CUGAGUCGCGAACUAGCAUUGUUGUCCCAUCACAUCCUGCAACGAAACUUACGCCCAUCGAGACCGAAGGCGAAGAAAGCUUUCGACUGACCGACUCGACAAUUGCAGCUGCGCCAAUCCUUCCAAUACCAUCUUCUCAACCAGACGCUCAUCAUGGCGGACAAAUUGGACCGCAGCCUUGACGAGAUCCUCGGUGAAAAGAGGCACGACGGCUCUCGCAACCGCCGUGGAGGCGGCGGAGGUGCUCCUCGUAGACGUGAACGCGAACGUCAGGAUUACCAUCGCGAUGGCGUCAUAAAGUCUUUCCGCGACGAACCUAGAAAUCUCGACAGCGAAUGGGUUCACGAUCGGUUUGAAGAACAUGAUACCCGUCGCGGCCCAGCCCCGCGACGAAGACGCGACGAACCGGAACAAAGAGAUUCUAGCAGCGCAAAGAUUCGUGUCGAGAACAUCCAUUACGAACUCACUCCGGAGGAUUUGGAGGAGCUCUUCAACAGGAUCGGACCUGUCGCCAAGCUGGAUCUAAAGUAUGAUCGAGCUGGACGCUCGGAGGGCGUUGCCUUUGUUACAAUGGAGUCCCGCGAGGAUGCUCUGGAGGCGGUUAAGGAAUUUGACGGCGCCAACGCCAACGGCCAACCUAUCAGGUUGUCGAUUAUGCCUGGUGGAUCGGGGCCCCGAUCUCGAAACCCUUUCGACUCGGCAGUGAUGCCGGGCCGUCCCCUGGCUGAACGUAUCUCUGCUCCCGGCGGCCGAUCCAGAUCAAUGUCGCCUGGACGCAAAUACGACGUCGACGAAGCUGCCAGUAGGGGAAUUGACAGAUACAUACCCGGGGGACGCUCCAGAAACCGCUCGCGCAGCCCCAUGCCCCGAAGACGUGGCGGUAACGGUGGUGGCCGUAGGCCUGGCGCUCGCAGGGAAGGGGGAGGCAGAGACGGAGGUAGAGAUGGGGGGAGAGAUCAAGACGGUGGAAGAGGGGGUCGCUCUGGCAAGGACGGUCGCACUCGAAAAACCCAAGAAGAACUGGAUGCCGAGAUGGCAGACUACUUUGGUGGAGGAAAUUCGGGUGAGACUGCGCCUCAGGCGAACGGCGGCGGUGCCGCUGCCGCCGCUGUACCCGCUACGCACGAUGAUAUCGACAUGAUCGAGUAAAAGCUGGCUCCGUUUACCUAGUUUAUGCUGUGCGCAGUGUUUCGGACUAGUCGCGAGAACAAGAUAUGUGCUGGAAUAAAUGCCAGGUCACGGGCAUGCGGACAACCAUUCGCCCGGAAUGCCAUCCAACGUGGUUCGUCUACACCGCACCAAUAUCAUCGUGGACCCCUAGCUUAGCUGCUAUAGAGGCCAAUAAUUGCCACUCUGUUCCCCUCGAAGAGCAGGAUUGAAUCCGGAUGGCAAUUUGCUGUAGUCAAGGUCAAAGCAAAUACCCAGUCAAACGUGGGGACCCUUUUCUUCGGCGUUGCCUCCGUAGUCCCAGUUUCUCGAACGUUUCCUGGAAUAUCUGUGCAGAUGUUACUCAUCGGGCUAGGUAAGUCCCACUCUUGCAAGCCCUGUCCCUGGGAC